GGGAAACAGAAAUAAAGGAACAGUCGCUUUAACUGAGAAAAACGUUUAUUGAAGCAGCACAUCGGAAAAAUCCUAUUCGCGGCAGUUACAUGUGCGAGAGAGAUGCACGUACCUUCGCACGAGCUUCUACAUAAACAUGACGCGUGACGUUCUAGCAAUGUUUUGAUUCUGUUGAGCGUGACGUCACUUACCACUACACAAAAAUGGUUCCUACUUAGUUUUUCAUACAGCAAAGUGUUUACAACUUUAAAUGCAACAUUUAAUCCGAAUGAAGGGCUGAGCGAAGGCUGGUGGGAUCUGGGAACAUGGACACGCGCGAAGAAUCUGGACGCAAACUGCGAUCCAUUGGCCGAAUGAUGUACGAUGAAAAUGAGGAUUUGUCUGACGUGGAAGAAAUCGUAAAUAUCAGAGGAUUUAACGUGGAGGAGAAACUUGGGAGCGAGCGGUACAACAGUAACUUAGUCCGCUACAUGGACGGCAAAGAUUUUACCUAUGAGUAUGUUCAAAGAGAAGCGCUGCGCGUGCCCCUGAUUUUCAAGUCGAAGGAAGGGCUAGGGGUCAGAAUGCCAGAUCCAGAAUUUAAUGUGAGUGAAAUCAAAGGUCUCGUGGGAAGCCGUCGAAUGGUGGAUGUGAUGGACGUCAGCACGCAGAAAGGAUCAGAGAUGAGCAUGGCUCAGUUCACUCGUUACUAUGAGACCCCAGAAGAGGAACGAGGCAAACUGUUCAAUGUCAUCAGUCUGGAGUUCAGCCACACCAAACUGGAGAACCUCAUCCAAAGACCCACUGUGGUGGAUUUAGUGGACUGGGUGGACAACAUGUGGCCAGUCCAUCUGAAAGAGAAACAAACUGAAGCUACCAACAUUAUAUCUGAGAUGAAAUACCCAAAGGUCCAGAGGUAUUGUCUGAUGAGUGUAAAAGGCUGCUUCACUGAUUUUCACAUAGACUUCGGUGGAACCUCCGUGUGGUACCACGUCUUCAGGGGGCAGAAGGUGUUCUGGCUCAUCCCCCCCACUGCUCAUAACCUGGAACUGUAUGAGGACUGGGUUGUCUCCGGGAAACAGAACGACGUGUUCCUGGGGGACCGUGUGGAGGGGUGUCAGCGUAUGGACCUCAAACAGGGAGACACAUUCUUCAUUCCCUCGGGCUGGAUCCACGCUGUCUACACUCCGGAGGACUCCCUGGUCUUCGGGGGCAACAUUCUCCACAGUUUCAACAUCCCCAUGCAGCUGACCGUCCAUGAGAUCGAGAACCGAACUAAAGUGCACUCCAAGUUCCGCUACCCCUUCUUCUACGAGAUGUGCUGGUAUGUGUUGGAGCGGUAUGUGCAGUGCCUGACCAAGCGUUCCUACCUCAGCGCUGACUUCCAGACCGCAGCCGGGCGGGAUGGCAGUGAGACUUUGAGCUGUGAAAGCCCUGCCCCUCGCCCACGGACAGGCAUAGACGACACGUCAGGGAAGACACAGGAGGAGCAGACUGAGAGAGCAGCCCUGCCUUAUCCCGUCCCCACUGCCUCGCGUGACCUCAAAGCCCCACCCACCAGCGACUCGGACGAUCAGGAGGGGGCGGGCUCUCCGGGCUGGGAGGGGCUGUCCACAUGGACACACCUGACCGAGUACGAGCUGAGCGGCCUGCAGGCCCUGGUGGAGAAGCUGGAGUCCCUGCCAGAGAACAAACGCUGCGUCCCAUCAGGCAUCGAGGACCCCGAGGCCCUGCUGGAGAAUGUGAAGGUGGUCUUAAGAGCGCAUGCUGAAGACGACCCCCUGCUGGCCGUCACGGGGAUGCCGAUUGUGUGCUGGCCUGAGAAGUCCAUCAAGCCGCGGGCUCCAGUCCGCCCUAGAGCACGUUCAGGCACUUGUGGGGUGGCUCCAGCAGCUGCUGGGGGGUCAGGGGUCAGGUUAGGCUGUAUGCGGGGCUCGUCAGGGUCACGGCGGAGGCGCACACGCUGUAGGAGGUGUGAGGCGUGUGUGCGGGUUGAGUGCGGACUGUGUCACUUCUGCAGGGACAUGAAGAAGUUCGGAGGACCAGGACGCAUGAAACAGUCCUGCAUUCUGAGGCAGUGCAUCGCUCCUAUGCUGCCACACACAGCAGUGUGUGUAGUGUGUGGAGAGGCGGGGAAGGAGGACGCGGUGGUGGAGGAGGAGGAGAGGGUGCGGUUGAUGCUGAUGGAGUGCUCCAUUUGCAACGAGAUUCUCCACCCUGCCUGCCUGAAGGUGGAGGUGGGUGGUGAGGUGAUGGAGGUGGGUGGUGUGGUGAAUAACGAACUGCCAAAUUGUUGGGAGUGUCCCAAAUGCAACCAAGCAGGGAAGGCUGGCAAGAAGCGAGGACCUGGCUUCAAAUAUGCCCCUGCCCUGCCUGGCUCUCUGCUCAAAGAACCCCGCCUCCCGAAAAACAUUAAGGACAAGCUAGGUGCAUGUGUAACCAAGGAAACGCCUGCUACCAUGGCAGCCAUCCCAUCAGCAUCCAAACAGAAGCCAGAGGCAGUGGACAUGUUCAUUAGCAAGCCUGUGCUUGAGGCGGAGCCUGAUGAUGAUAACAAGAAUCUCUCUGUGCUGGAGGCGGAGCCUGAUAUCAACCAGCAUCUCUCUUUGCUGGAGGCGGAGCCUAAUGAUAUCAACAAGAAUCUUUCUGUGCUGGAGGCAGAGCCUGAUGAUCUCAACAAGCAUCUGUCUGUGCUGGAGGCGGAGCCUCUGCUGAAACUCAAAGCAGAGGUGGAGCCUCUUUCCCGGAAGAGGAAGCUGACUCCAGACUCCGAAGCACACGCGAGCAGAAGGAAGGUGUCGUGACGCUGCCUGUUCCCUUCAAACGUUGUUUAUAUUUCAGUAGAUAAUAUUGGUUCAGUGCUUUGGUGUGUGGACAGAUGUAUGUGCUUCACCCAGGAACAAGGUUAGCAUGCUGUAUUGACAUCACACUCUCCUCUGAAGACCUCCACACUCCUGCAUGACACAAAAAC